UCAACACUACAGCCAAACCAGUGAUGAUUGGUUUCACUGGUUUGGUUCUGCUUUGUUUUGUCUGCAGGCAUUUUUAUAUCACACUUACUCUUUUCUAUUUCUAACACUCAGGACAUAAAAACACACCCUGUUUCGUGAAACCACUCCUCUUCCUGGAAUUAUCUGAACCAUAAAAUACCCUCCCCCUUCUUCCUGUUUGCCCUUUGAUCAACAUAACUUCCUGUUUUCUGAUCCUUCCAAAUAUAUGCCAGAGUGCAGACAACUGACAAGAUAGCAAAGCAAGAAAAAGGAACUGAGUUUUGGUUUGGAUCGGGUGGCAGGAAGUGAAACUCUCACACACGAACUCUCGCUGAGGUAAAAUGGCGCAGCAAGGAAUUCAGCUCGACCAGGACAAACUCUGCUGUUCGAUCUGUUUGGAUCUACUGAAAGAUCCUGUGACUAUUCCCUGCGGACACAACUACUGCAUGAACUGCAUCAAAUGCUGCUGGGAUAGAGGUGAUCUGAGGGAGAUCCCCUGCUGCCCUCAGUGCAGACAAGCCUUCAUACCAAGACCUGCUCUGGUGAAAAACACCAUGUUGGCAGAGUUAGUGGAGGAGCUGAAGAAAAGCGGACUCCAAGCUCCUCCUGCUGAUCACUCCGAUGCUGGAUCUGAAGAUGUGGCCUGUGAUUUUUGCAUUGGGGAAAAAAUGAAAGCUGUCAAGUCGUGUCUGCAGUGUCUGGUCUCUUACUGUGAGCAGCACCUCCAGCCUCACUAUGAAUCUCCUGCCUUCAAAAAACACAAGCUGGUGGACCCCUCCCAGAUGAGGAUUAUCUGCCCUCGCCACAAUGAGGUGAUGAAGAUAUUCUGCCGCACUGAUCAACAGUGCAUUUGUUAUCUGUGCUCCAUGGAUGAGCAUAAAGGUCACUGCACUGUCUCCGCUGAAGCAGAAAGGAAAGAGAGGCAGAAAGCACUCGGGGCAAGUCAUGAAAAACUCCAGCAGAGACUCCAGGAGAGAGAGGAAGCCAAGAGAGUGUUUCAGCAGGAGAUGGAGGCCAUUAAUCACUCUGCUGAUAAAGCUGUGAGGUGCAGCGAGACGAUUUUCACUGAACUGAUUAAAACAAUUGAGAAAAGAAGAUCUGAUGUGACCCAGCAGAUCAGACUUCAGCAAAAAACUGAGGUCAGUCGGGUUAAAGAGCUUCAGGAGAAGCUGCAGCAGGAGAUCUCUGAGCUGAGGAGGAGAAACACUGAGCUGGAGCAGCUUUUCCAUACGGAGGACCACACACAGUUUCUCUGCACUUACACCUCACUGUCACACAUCAGCGAAUGGACAGAUUCACCGAGCAUCAACAUCCGUCCUCUGCGCUACUUUAAGGAUGUGACAGCAGCUGUGGCAAAAGCCAGGGAUAAAAUGCAGGAAAUGUUUAGUGAUGUUUAUACCAACAUCUCACAGACAGUGAGUGAAGUGGAUGUUUUACUGCCACAACCAGAUCCCAAAACAAGAGCUACAUUCUUACAGUAUUCCUGUCAGCUCACACUGGAUCAGAGCACGGCAAACUCAUUAUUGAUAUUGUCCGAAGGGAACAGGAAAGUAACAGGAAUGCCCACUUUGCUAGCGGCAGUGCAACUGGCAGUGGAUUUAUAUGCCAACAAACCAGGAUCACAUGCUUUCACUAACAGGUUUCAGGUGCUGAGCAGAGAGACUCUGACUGGACGUUGUUACUGGGAGGUGGAGUGGAGCGGCGGAGGGGUUACAGUGGCAGUCACAUACCAGGAUAUCAGCAGGAAGCAGCAAGAAGAAAGUGAAUUCGGACACAAUGACAAAUCCUGGGCUUUGCAAUGUGUUGACCAAAGAUGCUUUUUCAAACAUAACAAAAGAAAGACUCCCAUUUCAGUCUGCCGGCCGUCCAGAGUAGGAGUGUACCUGGAUCACAGAGCAGGCAUUCUGUCCUUCUACAGCGUCUCUGGCACCAUGACUCUCCUCCACAGAGUCCAGACCACAUUCACUCAGCCCCUCUGUGCCGGACUCGGACUAGAUAUGGGAUCCACUGCUAAGCUGUCUGACCUCAAAUAGACUGGAGUUAUUUAACAGCUGGUGCGAGUGGAUAGAAGCUACACUAAUCAUGAUGAUGUUUGCUAUGCUUCUAUGAUCAUUUCUUUGACUAAUUACAGUAAUUUGUGGGAAGUUUCGAUGCAUGCUCAAACAUGCAGCUCUUCAAUGUCAGAGAC